AAAAUGAGUUGUCGCUGGACCUGGACGAGUAGGGGACGGUGACGGAGAAGAAGAAAGAGCUGGAAGGAAGCAACGCAACGAAGACCAGCGAGAGAAAUUUGCCGGCAAAAAUUUGCCUUCUCCCUCCGGAAUCUAGCUUAUUACUUUCCGGUCCUUCUCCCCCAUGUAAGUCUCCCCCUCGUCGUCGCCUGCACCUACCGGAAGCGAAGCCUCCUACAGUUCAGGUCCACAUCCGGGUCGCCGCCGUUGGCUAGCUAGCCGGACAUGGUGGCCGCUCGCCGGGGCACGGCCUCCACCUACGCGCUCCUGCUGCUCUUGCUGCUUACUGCUGCGGUCUCCGUCUCUUCUUCCUCCGGGUUGCGCCGUGGCGAGGACCAGGACAGAUCGGCGCUGCUCCAGAUCAAGAACGCCUUCCCUGCCGUAGAGCUGCUCCAGCAGUGGUCCCCGGACUCCGGCGGCCCCAACCACUGCUCCUGGCCCGGGGUAACCUGCGAUUCGAGCUCCCGGGUCGUCGCUCUGGAGGUGCUCUCUCCUUCACGGCGCUCUGGACACGGCCGGGAGCUUGCCGGCGAGCUGCCUGCGGCGGUUGGGCUCCUCGCCGAGCUGAAAGAGGUCUCCUUUCCGCUCCAUGGCCUCCGGGGCGAGAUCCCCGGUGAGAUCUGGCGGUUGGAGAAGCUCGAGGUGGUCAACCUCCCCGGGAACUCUCUCCGGGGCGUCCUUCCUUCCGCCUUCCCGCCGCGGCUGAGGGUGCUCUCCCUCGCUUCCAACCUGCUUCACGGUGAGAUCCCCUCCUCCCUUUCCACCUGCGAAGACUUGGAGAGGUUGGAUCUUUCAGGCAACCGGUUCACUGGAUCGGUGCCGAGAGCGCUUGGCGGCCUGACCAAGCUGAAGUGGCUUGACUUGUCUGGAAACCUUCUUGCCGGGGGCAUCCCCUCUAGUCUGGGGAAUUGCAGGCAGCUCCGCUCGCUGCGGUUGUUCUCCAAUUCAUUACACGGUUCAAUUCCAGCAGGGAUUGGAAGCCUGAAGAAACUACGGGUAUUGGACGUAUCUAGAAACAGAUUGAGUGGCCUGGUGCCGCCGGAGCUAGGGAAUUGCUCAGAUUUGUCAGUUCUCAUAUUGUCUAGCCAGUCCAAUUCAGUAAAGUCACAUGAGUUCAAUCUGUUUAAAGGAGGGAUUCCAGAGAGUGUGACAGCUUUGCCAAAACUCAGGGUGCUAUGGGUGCCGAGGGCAGGCCUGGAAGGAACUCUCCCGAGCAACUGGGGAAGGUGUCCUAGUUUAGAAAUGGUUAAUCUGGGGGGGAAUUUACUUUCUGGAGCAAUUCCAAGGGAGCUAGGACAGUGCAGUAACCUCAAAUUUCUCAACCUUAGCUCGAACCGAUUAUCUGGUUUGCUGGAUAAGGAUCUCUGUCCGCAUUGUAUGGCUGUGUUCGAUGUUAGUGGAAAUGAACUUUCAGGAUCAAUUCCAGCAUGUGUGAAUAAAGUCUGUGCAUCUCAGCUAAUGCUGGAUGAAAUGUCAUCCAGUUAUUCUUCACUCCUCAUGUCCAAAAGUCUACAAGAACUGCCAUCGGGUUUUUGCAACUCUGGGGAUUGUUCUGUUGUGUAUCAUAAUUUUGCAAAGAAUAAUCUCGAAGGUCAUCUUACAUCCUUGCCGUUCAGUGCUGACAGGUUUGGUAACAAGAUGACAUACAUGUUUGUUGUUGAUCACAACAAAUUCAGUGGAUCGUUGGAUUCAAUUCUGUUGGAACAGUGUAGCAACUUCAAGGGGCUGGUUGUAAGCUUCCGAGACAACAAGAUAUCUGGUCAGCUCACAGCAGAGCUUAGCAGAAAAUGCAGUGCCAUCAGAGCUUUGGAUUUAGCUGGCAAUCAAAUAUCAGGAAUGAUGCCUGAUAAUGUUGGUUUGUUAGGAGCACUUGUCAAGAUGGACAUGAGCAGAAACUUUCUGGAGGGUCAAAUACCUGCCAGUUUCGAAGACUUGAAGACCUUGAAGUUUCUCUCAUUAGCUGGGAACAACCUCAGUGGCAGAAUACCAUCCUGUUUGGGUCAGUUGAGAUCACUGAGGGUUUUAGAUCUCUCAUCUAAUUCUCUUGCAGGUGAGAUCCCAAAUAACCUUGUGACACUAAGAGACAUCACUGUGCUUCUACUCAACAAUAAUAAGCUCUCUGGAAACAUCCCUGAUCUUGCCUCUUCACCUUCACUGUCCAUAUUCAAUGUUUCAUUCAAUGACUUGUCUGGGCCACUGCCUUCAAAAGUUCACUCACUGACAUGCGACAGUAUUCGUGGAAAUCCAUCCCUCCAACCUUGUGGACUGUCGACGCUCUCCAGUCCAUUAGUGAAUGCCCGAGCACUAAGUGAGGGAGACAAUAAUUCACCACCUGACAAUACAGCCCCUGAUGGCAAUGGUAGCGGUGGCGGAUUCAGCAAAAUAGAGAUUGCCUCCAUAACUUCAGCAUCAGCAAUUGUUGCAGUUCUCCUGGCUCUGGUCAUCCUUUAUAUUUACACACGAAAAUGUGCAUCAAGACCAUCAAGACGUUCUCUAAGGAGAAGGGAAGUCACUGUUUUUGUUGAUAUCGGUGCUCCCUUGACAUAUGAGACUGUUUUACGUGCCAGUGGAAGCUUCAAUGCAAGUAAUUGCAUUGGAAGUGGUGGCUUUGGAGCAACGUACAAAGCUGAGGUCGCACCAGGAAAAUUGGUGGCAAUAAAGAGGCUUGCUAUUGGAAGAUUCCAAGGCAUUCAGCAGUUCCAAGCAGAGGUCAAAACACUUGGGAGGUGUCGCCAUCCCAAUCUUGUAACACUCAUAGGAUACCAUCUCAGCGAUUCAGAGAUGUUUCUAAUAUAUAAUUUUCUGCCUGGUGGCAAUUUGGAAAGGUUCAUACAAGAAAGGAGUAAGAGACCAAUUGAUUGGAGAAUGCUUCACAAAAUUGCUCUAGAUGUUGCGCGUGCACUUGCAUAUCUCCAUGACAAUUGUGUCCCACGCAUCUUGCACAGGGAUGUCAAACCAAGUAACAUAUUGCUUGACAAUGAUCACACUGCAUACCUUUCUGAUUUUGGAUUAGCAAGGCUGCUUGGAAAUUCAGAAACACAUGCAACCACUGGCGUGGCAGGUACUUUUGGGUAUGUAGCUCCAGAGUAUGCGAUGACAUGCCGCGUUUCUGAUAAGGCGGAUGUUUAUAGCUAUGGAGUUGUACUUCUUGAACUCAUUUCAGACAAAAAGGCACUGGAUCCUUCUUUCUCUCCUUACGGGAAUGGAUUCAACAUAGUUGCCUGGGCUUGCAUGCUUCUACAAAAGGGUCGAUCUCGUGAAUUCUUUAUAGAAGGGCUGUGGGAUGUGGCCCCACAUGACGACCUUGUUGAGAUUCUACACCUGGGCAUCAAGUGUACGGUUGAAUCUCUUUCUUCUAGACCCACAAUGAAGCAAGUUGUUCGGCGACUUAAGGAACUCAGACCACCGUCUUACUAGGAAUAGCAAGCAGAGAUUGGCUUACUUCAGCAAAUUGAGGCUGAGGCUGCUGGCUGUUUUGGUGACUGCAACAGCCGGUAAUGUUCCAAACAAACUGGUGGCAAUCACUCAUCAAUUAUUCAAAUAUCAUUUCUCAACGGGUCCUCAAGCAGGACAUUCAUGGUAUUUAACCCUUAUUGGUUAUGUGAUCAUGCAUUAUUGUAUGGACCAUGAUAUCGCUUCAAUGCCACUGCAAGCAAGCAUCGAGGAUGUCUGAGGAAGUUCUCAUGUGCCUGCCAAAUCUGAUGACUGGAUGAGUCAUGGCCGACCCAGUAUAUGCCUUGCUGUGCAAUUAUUUCGGCACAAUUUGCCUUGCUGCUCUCCUGAUCGGAGAUCGACCACCUUGAGUCAUUGGAACAACAUAUAUCUAUCAAAGCAAAGCCAAUAUAUCUGGCAGUUAUGGGGCGAUCUGUCACUGGAAAUGGCUUGCCACUGACAUGCACGAGGACAUGGAAGGAUAGAACAUAUCGCCAAUCAAAGCAAAGCCAUGUGGAUUCAUAUUAAACAUGGUGGUCCAUAUAUAUAUAGCAGUUAAAAGUAUUAAAUCACUGAUUACCUUAGUCUUUGUAACUGUACAUACUACUUUUUUGGCCUUUGUAAUUGCUCAUACUACUUUCUGGCAUUCAUUAUGCAGCUGUCUUGCCAUUCUGUCCAUAUAUCAUAGCCGAAAAUAAUUUUUUUUU